CAUGUGGAUGAUCUGCCAUGGUAUGUUAUAGGAAACAGUGAAGAACUUCCCGGUAACAUCAUAAAAUAAUGUAUAGGUUUAGGUGUAUGAAUGUCCUUAAUUAGCAGUAUUUAUUUUAAAAUCACUAACAAUCUUAAUACCAUAGAGAACAUCACACACAGGUUUUCUGAUUAUUUAAGCAAGAGUAACAUCAGUCUGAAUACAUCAUUUUGAGUAGGAAAAAAAGAAGUGGAGUUUAUAAUGUACACCUUAGCCGUGGUGUUAGACGUGAUUGGCAAAAACAUUAUUUUACUCUUGCUGUCCUGCCGCUCCAGGAUUACCAUGACGUCACUCUGAUACUCUUGCAUGGAUGAAUGCUAAAGAACUACAGAGCCACAAAUAAUAGCAAAAGCAGAGUCCAUUUCUCUCAACUCUUCUCUUACAGUACUUUUCAGCCUGGUAUAGUAAACCACAAUUAUGCAGAUUGUGCUUGAUGCAGUUUUUUUGCGUUAUCUCUCCACCGCGGACCCGUUGAUGAUUUAAAAGCACAAGUCUUCACAGCACAUCUUUCAUAAAGUCAUGUAUAAUUGAACGAAAGGCCGUACGUGGAAAUGUCUGGCAGCAUGUGCAUUUGAGAUUUUUUUAUUGCAACUGAUCGCGGUGAAUUUAUUACGGAUGGUAAGAGUCGAAGCACGCGAAGCUAUGUCUUUUUCACAGUUUGGAUAUCCUUACAACGCAACUUCACAGGUCGGUGUCUGAUGGCUCCGGUGCUUCCGAGACAGCCGCCGCGUUUUGUUACCCGCCUUACGGGAAGCGCAUGUUGGCCGGCGCACGGACAGAGCUGAACGCGGCUCUCGGCAUGUACAGCUCUCCCUACGCAGCCUCAGCUACUGCCAGCCAGAGCUAUGCAAACUACCUCCAGUACAGCGCCGACCCUUCCGCUUUCUAUUCUCCACUGAACUCUCAGUACGAUAUCAAGGACAGUGCUGGCAGUUUGCACAACAGGAUCUCCCAGCCAGGUGCCUACUACCCCUAUGAUCCCAUGCUGGGGCAGUACCAGUACGACAGGUACGGGGCUGUUGAUUUUAAUGGGUCGGCUCGGAGAAAGAAUGCAACACGGGAGACGACCAGCACCCUCAAGACAUGGCUUAACGAGCACCACAAAAACCCAUACCCUACAAAGAGCGAGAAAAUCAUGCUGGCCAUCAUCACCAAAAUGACCCUGACUCAAGUGUCCACCUGGUUCGCCAACGCCAGGAGAAGGCUAAAGAAGGAGAACAAAAUGACCUGGCUGGCUAAGAAUAAACCAGGGGAUGGUGGGAAAGACGACCUGCAGAAGAUUGGCAGCAGCUGUGCUGGCGAAGCUUCAAAAGACUCGAAGGACAAGGAGCUUCCACUAAGUGAUCUGGAUGAUGUGGAUGAUGAGGGAUGUGGUAAAGGAGAUGAUGACUGCCAGGCCUCAGAUGAAGAGCGGGGCCUCCGGCACGCAGUCGCCGGGGAGCCACCAGAGACGGACUGUAGCGGCAUGCUUGGUCUUCCCAGCCACCUUGGCAUGUUUGCAUGCAGCGAAAAACACACGGCUGCAGCAGACUUCAUGAGGUCCAUGGAGGUCAAGACUCCGGCAGGAGCUGGAUCCAUGUCCGCAGACCCUCCGCAUUUCCAGACGUCGGAAAAACCCAGAAUCUGGUCGCUGGCUCACACGGCUGCCAGCGGCACUCUCCGGAGCCCUCACCCCAGCAAGGAGCUGAGGACCAGCAACAUGGCAGUCAGCUGCUCACCACAACCAGUCAUGAUCCCAGUAACCAGAAGAGGCCAGUGUGCCGAACUUAAGGGUCAGCAGAAAUUGCCAAAUCUACAGUCACACAAAAAAGGCCAUGCCACUGCCUUCUACCAGAAACCCCCACAGCUGCACUGUGCUUCCUACCCCAUGCUCUCUGACUACUUUGUAUCCGCUGAAGGUUUUUCUUGUGGAGAGUCAGCUGAGGCUGUGCUACCAGAAAUGCGCGAGAUAUGCAUACUGCCUCAGGAAGACCCAACCAUUGCUUUCAGACCGCUGAUGAAGAGGAGAGAGCACCCGAUGCAAAUCAGUGAUGCACUAACAACACCAGACAAAAAGGACGUAAACUUCACAAACUGUCCUGCGAGCUGUGAAGUACUUCAAUUCUCUAAACAAGGAGUUCAGUUUAAGCUGCGGAUGUAGCCGUACUUACUUCACAAUAUUGUUUUUAACAGUUUAACCGUAUGCAAAACUUAGAGACAUACAUAUCCACACUCACAUGUAUACGCAUCCGGGAGUUCUAUUUAUUUACUUAUUGUUUGUUUGUUUUUUAACUAGUAUUUAUUAAAUAUUUCAUAAAGUAGCUCUCGUAUCAAGACUUUUAUUUACAUUCUGCUUAAAAGUUGAUUUUAAAGGGAUACUCGAAGGUUGAUUUAAGACGUUUAUUUUGCCUAAUUCAGUUUGAUCUACAUACGACGGAAUAAAGGGCCGUGUUGCCCUCUGUAUCGUCCAUCAGUAAGAAAUAAAUCAUACAUUCCUGUGGAUUGCCGAAAACAUCGUAAUCAGGCUCUGUUUGCAUAAAUAUGUUUUUCAAAACGUGCGAUUGCAGCGGCGUCAUCUUCCAGCUGAGUCGAUAUAUGGGGAACUUCAGACACUGAUAGUAACCAUUUAAGUUUACCUUCUUGAAUAGAUUAAGAAUGGAGCCGUGUUAUAGUGGGUCAUUAUUUAGCAGAGGCAUUAAUGAACUUUACAAAUUGCGAUGAAAGUGACAACGGCCCGUAACUGUAUUUGUUUAAGUGAAAGUGGAGUCUGUUUAAACGAGCAAAGAGGCACCGGUGGUAGGAAACGGGAUAAAUCAAGCCAGAUCUCAGAUAAUAUUUAAAACAACUCUGGUAUAUAAUGCCUUAUAAAGUGUACAAUACAUCUCCCUGGGUAGGUAUUAGAUAAAGCAAUUUAAUUUUGCUUUAGCAGAAUACUUAUUCCUUCCUAGUGCUGUUUAAUGAAGAUACAACGAUCAUAUUAUAACAUCAGUUUAUUAAGAAAAUAACUGCGGCUGUACACCGUUUAAUGAUCACUGUCUGGAAACAUCAAUAAUCACAAAACCAGCACUUUUACAACAACAUUGGGCUCAUUUAAUGAAUCUCCCAUCUUCCUUAAACAUAGUUAACUUAACUGUUAACUACUGUAGUAGGGUUAUAUGGUCUGCAUCUACUGUGGAGAAUGUUAAGGAAGCACGAUUUCAGUUUGAAGGUGUUUUCGAUGCCCAAAGUGAGCGAUCGCAGGACAUUUAAAGGUGUCUAUCAUUUGAGAGAAAAGACAUAAUUCUGAAGCACUACCCUUUUCAAAUUAUAGUUCCUGACUGGUUUGAAACAUUAGAAAAUUGAUGUUUCAUACUAUAUUAUACUACAGAUAUUAAUGAGCGUCAUGUCAGUUAUGUACUGGCGAAGUUAACUUUUUUUGUCAGAAUGCCAGAAAUCCAGCAGUUUCGAAAUAAAAUGCAGUUAUCUAUUCAUAAUUAAAUAGAUAUUAAUGUUAAGAUUUAAAUCGUGUUUGACAACCCUGCAUACAUAAGUAUAAUUCUGCAGCCACUGGCAAGUGUGGUUGAGAGAGGACGUUGAUCUGUUAUUAAACAUAUUAUUGUAAUACAUUUUAUACAAGAAAUUUGUAUUAAAUGCUACCAUGAACUGCAAACUUCUUAGCAAAUGUAAUGUUUUUU